GAACAUUCUCUUCCUGUGCAAGUCUUUGUAAAUAAAUCAGGGGAAAACAAUGAAAAACCAGCAUCUCCAGUUUUGCCGCAAACAAGUUCUCCUCCUGUGUUGUGCUCAACACCAAAGACAGGCCUGCAGCGGGGAACAUCUACAUCAAAAAAAUUUACAGCAUCAAGCCAGGAUGAGGAAAAUGAAAUUUUCACCUGUGAUGAUGAAACCGAAAACAGUGCAUCAGUGCUAUCAGAGUUGUCAACAGUGACAGCUGUGGAAGACAAUUCACCAGAAAAGGACAAUAACACAGGUAUAUUAUAUGCCAAAAAAGUGUACAGUAAUUUGUGUAUAUCAAAGAAGUUUUCUAGAAUUAUGUAAAACACACAAUAAAAUUGUAUCAUCAUACAGAUAGUAGAUACAGCUAGUACCGGUAGAUGCAGCUGCAGCUACCUUGUUCCCCCCAAAAUUAAAAUGUACGAUAUAUGCAUGCAUCACCGGGUGGUGAGGUAUAAACAAUUGAAAGCAAUCAAAAUUUUCAUUUAAUAGCAUUUAACCCUGGAAAAUUAAACUGUAUUUAUAAAAGUGAUACUGACCUAGAUUUCCACACAUUUGCUUAUUUUUUAUAGAGACAGCCAUCAUUGGAGACCCCAAGUUUGGGAUCAAGUUGGAUAGGGAGUGCUUUGACAACAUUGUCAAACACUCUUCUUCUGCUCCAGCUUUUGCACUAAACCUUUUGGAUGCUCUUAUACCAAAAGAGGUUCAGCGCAUUUCAAACAUAAAGGGAUCAAAUGGAAAAACUCCCCUUAAUCCAUCAAUCCUUGCUGCAAUUAAAGGUAACAACCCUUGCUUAUGUCACUCUCAAGACAGUAUGUUGUAGCUAUAAGAGUCACUCCACAGUCAGCUCAAUUACAGUCUGAAAGUCAGAGCUUAACAUUGGCUCAUUUGCUAUAGAAACUUAAAGGAAAUGAAGCUUUAGGGAUCAAACUUAAAGUGGAUUUUUUUUGUUUUAGAAAUAGUGACGUCUGAUGAAAUAAAAGAAGAUAUUUAUUUUUAAAAUUCUCUUACAAAAUGUGGACAAUUUGUAAUGGUAACAAAAAUUCAUGUCGUCCAAUUCGGUUUUUAAUCAUACAAGUGAUUGACAAAAUCGGACGACCGUAUAGCGGGAAUCUAAUUAUUUGUUUAAUCACGAGUAUGAUUACAGACCGAAUUGGACAACACAAAGUUCUGUUACCAAUAUUAAUCAUAACUUUAACAAAAUUUGUGAUAAUUAAGGCUCUUUUUUAAAAUCAAAACACAAGAAAAUCUAAGAUUUUUUUGCUAGCAAUGAAAAAAAAAAGCCAUUGCGUGAUGGCACGUACUGUCCAAUUACUCAGGUAUGACGGGUUCUCUCAUAUUAAACUGUCCUAUUAAGGCUGAAAUCAGGGCUGUUGCUAACAAAUCAGAUUUGAGAAUUUUGUUAUAGUUAUGAUUAUUACUAUACUCGUUUUUGGACCUCGUUUAAUAUUGGUAGUUUGUUAAUGAAUUUACAGAAUUAUGAAGAUGGCAUUAGUUAAUUGCAACAUAAUUUUAAUUCUUGUCUUGCAGGACAGCUAAGAAGGCAGUAUAAGUGGACAGAAGAAGAGGUGGAAAAAAAGUGGAGCGGCAAAGCUGGAAUUCAGCAGAAAAUAGCGGAUAAGUGCAGAAAUCUAAAUAAGAGCAACAAAAUUUAA